UUCUCCAAUAUAAACCAACCAUCCAUGGCGAGAUCUUAUCAGCAGUAGAGGAGGAAGACUGAGCUCGAACAACAAUGGCGUUACCAACCUCAUUAAGCCUUGCAAUUCUUUCUAUUCUUCUUCCAGCCAACUCCACCAUCGACUCUCCCAACGCCACGCAUGAAAGCUUCAUCCGGUGCUUCCUUGACCACACUCGUCCCUCUAACUCAUCCGCCCAACUCCUGUACAUGCCCAACACCACCGCCUACGAUGCCGUCUUCCGAUCAUCCAUCCGAAACAUCCGCUUCCUCAACUCAUCGAGCACGACGAAGCCUGUCCUCAUCGUGUCCCCGACCAACGAGUCGCACGUCCAGGCCGCCGUCGUCUGUUGCAGGAAGCACGGCCUCCGCGUCCGGGUCCGAAGUGGCGGUCACGACUACGAGGGCAUGUCGUACGUGUCGGAAGGUGAUCGUUUCAUCAUCGUCGACCUCGCUGCUCUCCGGUCCAUCACGGUCGAUGCCGAGCACGGCACGGCCUGGGUUCAGGCGGGUGCAACGCUCGGAGAGGUCUACUACACCAUCGCGGAGAAGAACAGGACCGUCGGGUUCUCGGCCGGUACCUGCCCCACUGUCGGCGUCGGAGGCCACUUCAGCGGCGGCGGGAUAGGGACCUUGUCGAGGAAGUACGGCACUGCUGCUGACAACAUCGUGGAUGCCCGGUUGGUGGACGUCAACGGAAGGAUUCUGGACCGGGAAUCCAUGGGCGAGGACUACUUCUGGGCCAUCAGAGGCGGCGGCGCAGCAAGCUUCGGCAUCGUCCUCUCAUACAAGAUCGAGUUGAACUACGUUCCGCCCAUCGUCACCGCAUUCAACGUGAUCAAGACCUUAAAGCAAGACGCCACAAAGCUGGUCACCAAGUGGCAACAGAUCGGCCCCAACCUCGACGAGAACCUGUACAUACGGGUCAUCUCGCUAGCGAUAGACGACGACGAAGCAGAGGGGAACAGGACCAUCCAAGCCGUGUUCAACUCCCUCUACUUGGGAACGUGCAAAGAGCUCCUCACCGUGAUGGGGAGCAGCUUCCCCGAGUUGGGGUUCGAGGCGGCAGACUGCAACGAGAUGAGUUGGUUGGAGUCCGUUCUGUUCUUCGCAAACUACUCCGGCAGACCGACCGAGGUCUUGUUGGAUAGGAAGCUGGAAUUCGACUUCUCCUUCAAGGCGAAAUCGGACUUCGUGAGAGAACCUGUGACAGAGACAACAUUGGAAGAGAUAUGGAGGUUUCUGAUGGAAGCGAAGGAUGAACCCGUGUUACUGUUCAUGGAGCCCUUCGGUGGGGUUCUGAACGAGAUAGCAGAGUCGGCGACUCCCUUCCCAUACAGGAAAGGGAAUCUGUACAUCAUCCAGUACUACAUGUGGUGGCUUGAGACGGACAUGGAGACAACGGAGAGGCACCUGAGUUGGAUGAGGAAGCUGUAUGCCUUGAUGACUCCGUACGUCUCUAAGAACCCGAGGGCAGCCUAUCUCAACUACAAGGAUAUCGACCUGGGAAGAACCGCUAAUGUUUGGGGUCCCAAGUACUUCAAGAACAACUUCAACAGGUUGGCGUACGUGAAGAGUAAGGUUGACCCACACAACUUCUUUCGGAAUGAACAAAGCAUUCCGCCUAUCAAGUCGCCGAAAACCUUUGACGAGAGGGAGGGAGAGAGAGAGAGAGAGAGAGAGAGAAUCCUGAGGUGUCACAUUAUCUCAAGUCAUAGUAAUGUUCAGCAGGUAUCUACAUUGGCAACAACAGAAAAUUUAUGCCUUGUUGGCAGCAAUAGCAAUUACAUGUAA